AGAUUCUGUAACAUGGAGAAGGAAAAGAAGGUAAGUCUGAUCAAUCAAGUCUUCUCUUGGUCAAUCGAGUAUAUUCUCAACAAAGACAUCUUCAAGGAAGAGAUGAAGACGAUACCAGACAAGUUUAGCUCCGUUGACGAAUACCUAAAGUGCUUUGUUCCUCAUCUGCUAGAGGAAACACGAACCGAGUUGUUCUCAAGCUUGGAAUCUUUGUCAAAAUCUCCUGUCUUAUACAUACGUUCCAUGGAGACAAGGACAAUAGUAUUACCGAGCAGAAGAACAUCAAACAGUUUCAAUGUAGUGAUGACAAAAGGAUAUAGAGCAAACUACGAGCCGAAAUGUGGAGAUCUCAUUGCUCUCACAGAAGCAGGAAGGCCAAGAAGCGUUGAUGACUUGAGCCCACUGGUUCUUGCUUAUGUAUUCUCUGUUGAAGAUGAGCUAAAUUUCUCUGUUCACUUGUCUAAAUCAAUAUUCAUUGAAGAGAGAUCUAAAUUCCGCUCCGGUGUUUUUCUAAUGACUUUAACCACAAAUACUCGUAUCUGGAAAGCGUUGCAGAACGGUAAUGCAAACAUGAGUCUCAUCAAGAGCGUCCUUCAGUCUAAUACCACGGAUACAGAGCACUCUGUUUCUUCUUCUAGGAAUUGGGGAAAUGAUGUAACGGAUAUGAUACAUUCGGCGAACUUGAACUCUUCUCAAGAAUCUGCAAUCUUGAGUUGCUUGGAGACAAGGAAUGAUUGUGGCAAAACAAGUGUGAGACUGAUAUGGGGGCCACCUGGUACUGGCAAAACAAAGACAGUAGCUACUCUUCUCUUUGCCCUUCUCAAGCUACGUUGCAAAACAGUUGUGUGCGCUCCAACAAACACAGCUGUGGUAGAAGUUGCAUCGAGGCUCUUGGCGUUGUGUAAGGAAUCUUCUUCAUCAGAACAUUCUACUUACGGGCUUAGGAACAUUGUUUUAGCCGGAAACCGAGUCAGAAUGGGGAUAGAUUCCAAGAAUGGCCAUCUUCUAGAUGUGUUUCUUGAUCAUCGCAUGAGUAUAUUGAGUGAACUGUUAUCUUCAUUGUCUGGAUGGGAACUGAGUUUGACGUCAUUCAUAGACUUUCUUGAGAAGUCGGAGUCUAAUUACAAGAGACAUCUCUUGUUAAGCCAAAAGAGGGAGAGAAAAGAAGAUGGAAACAGUAAAAGUAUUCUUACAUCGUUUGGAGAGUUCGUAAAGAAAAUGUUUUGUGGAUCUAGUGAAGACUUGGAUCACAAGAAAGAAGAAGGUAAGAGGAAAGAAAAGAUUCUUACAUUUGGAGAGUUUAUAAAAGAAAAGUUUGAUAGCUUAAGUGAAGGUUUCGAGAAAGUAAUGGACCAUAUUAUGGACCAUAUGGUGGAUUUGUGCACGCAUCUGCCUAAGUCUUUGAUAUCAUCUAAUGAUUUCAAGAAAAUGAUGAAAGCCCGUGAAGCUCUUCGUCAUGCAACAUAUUACCUCAACGAGAAUUCUUCAAAAGAUGAUUUCAAGAUUGAAAGCUUCGUAUUGUACUGCCUUCAGCCUCUACGUUUGCUUCCAAGACGUUUUGAGAUCCCAACCUUGUUGCAAGACGAGGAUAGAAAGAGAUAUUGCCUGCAAAAUGCACACAUAAUCUUCUGCACUGCCUCGGGUGCUGCAGAAAUGACCGUGGAAAGGACAGGAUCCAUAGAACUACUUGUAGUUGACGAGGCUGCUCAGCUUAAAGAAUGUGAAUCAGUUGCUGCAUUGCAACUUCAGGGCUUGCGUCAUGUUGUUCUAAUAGGAGAUGAGUUUCAGCUUCCAGCUAUGGUACAAAGCGAGGUAUGUGAGAAAGCGAAAUUUGGGAGAAGCUUGUUUGAGAGAUUGGUUUUGAUUGGACACAAGAAACAUUUGCUUAAUGUUCAGUACCGUAUGCAUCCUUCGAUAAGUCGUUUCCCCAACAUGGAGUUUUACAAUGGGAAGAUCUCUGAUGCUGCGAAUGUUAAAGAAAGAAACUAUGAAAAACGGUUUCUUCAUGGAAACAUGUUUGGUUCUUUCUCGUUUAUCAACGUGGGAUUUGGGAAAGAGGAGUUUGAUGAUGGACAUAGUCCCAAGAACAUGGUUGAAGUUGCUGUGGUUUCUGAAAUCAUAUCCAAUCUUUUCAAAGUGUCUAGUGAGACAAAGGCGAAGAUGAGCGUUGGGGUUAUCUCACCUUAUAAAGGUCAAAUUAGAGCAAUCCAAGAAAGAGUUGGAGAUAAGUACAGUUCCGUAUCAGAUGAUGAGCUAUUCACUUUGAAUGUUCGGUCUGUUGAUGGGUUUCAAGGAGGAGAAGAAGACGUGAUUAUCAUAUCAACCGUGAGAAGUAACGGUAAUGGAAAAAUAGGGUUUCUUAGUAACCGUCAAAGAGCCAACGUUGCACUCACUCGUGCAAGACACUGUUUAUGGGUGAUUGGGAACGAGACAACUCUGGCUCUGAGUGGUUCGAUUUGGGGAAAGCUCAUAAGGGACUCGAAGAGACGUGGAUGUUUCUAUGAUGCUGUUGAUGACAAGAAUCUAAGAGAUGCCAUGUCUGAUGCUUUGCUCAAGGUCGACAUGUCUGAUGCAUAUUCGAGUUUUCGAUCACUUUCGAUCAGACAAGGGAGGCGAAGAAAUGCUUAG